UUCCCGACGUGUGGCUGCUGUGCCUGCUGGUUGCUAGAGGCGCUUUUUUUUUCCUUUCCGCCUCCCGCUUUGUCGUGAGGGCGAGGAGGAGGAGGAGCAGCUGAGGCAGCAACCCCUCAGCGCCAGCAGGGGGGGGGGGUCGGUGGUGGCGGCAGUUUCCCAUAGUGACCUCGGUGGCUGCCCCGUCCCCGUCUGUUGGGGGUGUGUCCGUGCGCCUGAGGUCCUUACCGUCCCUACACACAAAGGGGGUAGAGGCCCUUUGGUCGCCCUCAUGGGGGUGAAAAGAACGAAGAGGCGUCGCUGUUGAGGCCCUCUCUCUGCCUCAGGGGUCGGGGGUGGCGGCGGCGGGUAAUGCAGAGAAGUUCCCCCCCUCUCUCUCGCCCCCAGCAGAGUUGAGGCCUCCCCUUCAGCCCGGGCUCGAGUGACCCAUAGCGGGUGGGAGUGGGAGUGGGGGUGUGGGGGUCCUUCUAAUCCUCUGGACAGCGGCGAGAAAGAUAGGUAAAGACCCUCUUUGGACACCUCUGUAAGGACUUACUUCCUUCACUCUCUCAGCAUGAAGAGUGCCCGUGGCAGCAGCUCUUCCUUCCAGAGUGCUAGUGCCAAUGGUGUGGAUCUCAGCCUUACAGGAUUGCCUGUACAAGUUCUUCAGCACCCUAGUAGUGCCUCUCCAGGCAAGCAUAUUGCUCGCUCUGUCUCUGUUAUUACUGAAAACAAGCCCAAGAGAAAUAUCCUAGAGGAUGCGGGGUUUGGCACCUCCAGAGCUAUGAACAAUUUGCGAAGAUCCAACAGUACAACUCAAGUUAAUCAGCAAAUGAAUGGCACUUUCAGUUCAGAUCAUCAUGGAGACUUCCUGACUUUGUUUGACAGCAGUUCAGGUGGAAGAAAGAAACUAGCAAGUCUUACCAAAACCUCACCAGAAAAAACCACAUGGAACAUCCUAGAUGAGCAGCCCAGAACUUUUCCUGCUCCAUCAGGCACUCGGGAAGCAUCUUCAAGCAUGAGGAAGAAAGACGUCUUUGUGCCUCUUGCAGCCAAUUUCACUGCUAAUAAUAGGAGUAACAAAGGUGCCAUGGGAAACUGCGUUACCACCAUGGUGCAUAACAACUACUCCACUGCAGACAAGGUGCCUACUCCUAAGAGCUCCAACCAGGCCACAACAUCCCUCAACAACAUUAUCAAAGCCACCUCUAAUGAAGACACAGAGAGCAGCAGCUAUUUGAAGUCCCAGAAGAACUUUUCCAGCAGCAAUGUUCUGGCUCGGAACAAUAAUACCAGUAGUAGCACUAACCCACUCAGGAGGCAGGAAGUGUCAGAGGAGGAAGCUGAGCGGUUCAUUAACCAUGUUAACUUGGCUGCUGUGACAAUCCAGCGCUGGUACCGGCGGCAUUCUCAGAGGCACAAGGAAGGCAUAGCUCAGCUUGGCCGUUUGUUAGCUUCUAAAAAAGAGGAAAGGCAGCAGCAACUCACAGAGGACGGCAACAUCUUAGAUUUGCAGCAGAGGCGAGAAGAGGAGAGGAGGAAGAUCCGGGAGGAAAAGGCACGCCUUGCCAGGAGAGCGGCCAUCCAGGAACUGCAACAGAAACGGGCCCAAAAAGCUUUGCAUACUCAGCGCUUGGUUCAGGAGGAGUUAGCAUUAAUGAAAGAAAGCAAGAAAACUGGAAGAAGGAAACCUGGGAAAACAGGCUCUGUGAAGAACACAAGCCCUGCAAGCAGUAUAAUCAAAGCCAAUAAUGCAGAUGCCAGUUUCCCCUUGGCAGCUACAGAUACAGAAGAAAAUUCUGCCAUGGCAUGUUUGACUGUUCCAGGACAGAACAGAGUCCCUGAAGAGCAGCCACAGGAUGUCAGCAGUGGAAAGAUGGCCAGCGAGGAUUUGGAGACUAUGAUCACUGUAGCCAGCAGGACGCAGUCAAAGGUGACCCUUAAUGAGCUACUAGACACCCUAAAGCUAUUGGAAGAGGAGCCAGAGUUGCUGCCACUACCAAAGGCCUGCAAGGAGGAUAAAUACGCUUGGAUAGAUGGGGACACAAAUUCCCUGACUGCUGACAACCUGGAGAAGUUUGGGAAACUGAACUGCUCUCCAGGUGUCCCUGAGGAAGGCACACUGCUCUCUGAAGCAAAACUUCAGAGCAUCAUUAGCUUCUUGGAUGAGAUGGAAAAAUCUGAGCAGGAGCGACCUAGGUCUGCUGCCUCUGCUUCACAACGGGAGGGACUUUUGUCAGAGGAAGAGCUAGCCCACCUGGAACAGGCAUCAGCAGUUGCCACAGAGGUCACCAGUUCCAUCAUGAGGUUGAAGCUUGAAGUGGAAGAAAAGAAAAGAGCCAUUACUUUACUACAGACAGCACUGGCUCAGCAACGGGAGCUGACUGUGCGGCAUGUAAAAGAAACAGAGAAGGAGUUGGGCCACCAGCUGACUCUACAGAGGGAGCAGUAUGAGGCAGCUAUCCAGCGGCACCUGGCCUUCAUUGACCAGCUCAUUGAUGAUAAGAAAACCCUAAGUGAGAAAUGUGAAGCAGUGGUGGCUGAACUGAAGCAAGUGGAUCAGAAGUACACAAAGAAAAUUGCCCAGAUGCAAGAGCAGCAUGAGUUGGUCUGGCGCAUUCUGGGCCCCCUCUGUGAGGAAAUAAAGAAAUUAAAGGAACUCAUGAGUGCCACAGAAAAAAUCCGCCGGGAGAAAUGGAUUGAUGAGAAAACCAAGAAGAUCAAAGAGAUCACUGUUAAAGGUCUGGAACCCGAGAUCCAGAAACUCAUUGCCAAACACAAGCUAGAAAUAAAAAAGCUGAAAGCACUGCAUGAGGCAGAGCUACUGCAGUCAGAUGAACGGGCAGCACAGCGCUACGUCCGCCAGACUGAGGAGCUGAGGCAGAUGUUGGAGCAUGAGAAGGAAGAGUUGGGGCAGCGAGAAAGAGAGCAAGCAAGGCAACGGUAUGAGAAGCAACUGGAGCAGGAGGAGCAGGUUCUGCAGCAACAGCGGCGACGGCUGUACAGUGAAGUGGCUGAAGAGAAAGAGAGGCUCAAUCAGCAGGCAGCCAGGCAGAGAGCUGAGUUGGAGGAUCUGCGGCGGCAGCUGGAAGAGAAUAGUUCUGUUGUCACCAAAGCUUUGAAGGAGGAGUAUGAGAAAGGGAAGGAGGAGCAGGAUCGACGCCAUCAGGCAGAGAUGCAAGCCCUAAAGGAACGCCUUGAAAUAGAGAAGCAGGCCUGGGAGGCCAACUGCCUGAAGAAGGAGGAGGCCUGGCUGCUUGGUAGAGAGCGAGAGCUAAGGGAAGAAGUUCGGAAAGAAAGAGACAAGGAGAUAGAGCUGGUCAUCCAGCGGCUAGAAGCUGACAUGUCCACCACCAAGGAAGAGUGUGAGAGAGCCACAGAGAAUAGAGUAAAGAGGGUGCGGGACAAAUAUGAAGCAGAGCUGCAGGAACUGGAACGGUCAGAACGCAAGCUCCAGGAGCGCUGCAAUGAGCUGAAGGUCCGGCUGUCAGAAGCAGAAGGCGAGGCUCUUCGUCUGCACAGUUUGCUGAGGCAAAAGGAACAGGAGACAGAGGACAUCCGAAAGGUGAGAGAUCAACUAACUCAGGAACGAAGCAGCCUCUCUGAGGUCAUCAGACAGGAGUUUGCUGACCGUCUAGUGAGCACAGAAGAGGAAAACAAGCGACUCAAGGCAGAAAUGGCUGAACUGCGGGCUCGUCAGCGCUUGGAACUGGACAGAGUCAUGAGAGACAAAGAAGAAGAGCUAGAAGAGGUGCAUAAAAGGGUGAAGACAGCGAUUGUGAAAAAAGAGGAAGCCGUGAACAGCCUUCGGAAGCAGUAUGAGGCGGCCAUGAAGAGGGCAGAUCACUUGGAGGCCCUCUUGGACCAGCAACGUAAGCAGCUACUAGCAGUCAAAUAACAGUGGCAUCAGCACCAGUGGCUUUGCAAGGGCAGAUGCAGCUGAUCAUGCAUGGCGAAAGGAAGUUGCCAGUUGUGAUCGAUGAGAGAGUAAAAUAAAAUGAACACUAAACUGUAUGUGGCUGGGGAAGGAUUUUUGUUCCAUCUGUUUUUCUUAUGUUGUUAUUAUUUUUUUGAUUUGUACUUUUACUUGUGCCUAUGAUCUGACCCCUUGUACGAGAAACCUGGGUAGAAUCCCAGUACUUGCUGAUGUAUUUUAAUAGUAAAAUCCAGCUGAUUUGUAAGA